AUGUCUUGUCUUCCAAACGUUUUACUCAUUGGUGCCGGAGGGGUCGGGGCCGUGGUUGCCUACUCAAUUGAUUAUAACAACCUUUCGCAAUUAUCAAUCGUUGUUGGUAGAGACUACGAGAAGGUCAAGGAUGCCGGGUACGAGAUCAAUUCCGUUGAUCAUGGAACCGUCCAUGGCUGGAAACCUGCUCACAUUUAUCCAAAUAUCAAUGCUGCUGCCGCCGCUAAUGACCCUUAUGAUUUCGUGGUGGUCACCACCAAGAACUUGCCAGAUAUCCAGAAAGUCGAAGACUUGAUUGAACCGGUGGUCACUAAAGAGAUAACCACGGUGGUUUUAAUUCAAAACGGAUUUGAUCUUGGAAGACCAAUUAUUGCCAAGUAUCCUGAAAACGUUUGUCUUUCCGGAGUGACGUUUAUUGGAUCACACAACUAUGGCGGAGUGAUCAAACAAACCCAACAUGAAGUGACCCAGAUCAGUUAUUUCCCUAAUUCUCAUUUAUCAAAAGAGGUUCAAGAAUCUAAGGCCAAAGAGUUUGUGAAGUUGUACCUGACCGACAAGAAUUCCGUCACUUACUCUGAGGACUCCAAGUUUUCUAGAUACAGAAAGUUGGUGUAUAACGGGACUUUGAACACCAUUUGCACAUUAGUGGGGACCGAUACUGGUAGGGUGGAACUUUCUGGAGGUAAUGAAUCGAUUGUCAUUCCUGCAAUGAAAGAAAUCAUUGCCGUGGCAAAAGCCGAUGGAGUGAUUCUUCCUCCAACCACCAUUAAUGACAUGUUGCACGACGAUGAUGGGGACUACUUCACUCCUUCAAUGACCGUUGAUUCACGAAAGGGCAAUCCCCUUGAAUUGGAAGUGAUUUUAGGUAACUUAUUGAAGGUGGCCGGCGAAGUUGGGGUCGAGACCCCGGUGUUGAGCGUGAUUUACAGCUUAUUGAGGAUUGUGCAAUUCAGAUUGAAGGAGCAAGCAGGCUACAUUACCGUUCCAAAAGAACGUCCAAUUGAUAAGUCCAAGGUGUGGGAAUGA